AUGCCUUUGAAAACACCCUGUCGUUUGGUGUAUUCAACCCGCGGUCCGAGCAGAUUUGUGAAGAAAAAAGAAGACCACAGAAAGAGCACGGGCUCGCCUCCUCUCCCUCUCGCCCAUGGAGUCAUCGCCGCCGCGACCACCCACGCUGGCCGCUUCCGGCGACCUCCGGCGACGCGCAACACGCCCCCGAGCUCCCCAUGGUCCGGGCCUGCCUCCCCUCCGGCCAGAUUCUCCGCUCCCGUCCUCUGCCGCCCACUUCCAACCCCACUCCUGUGGCUAGGGUUUCGGGCAGGGCUUCGCCGGCGCGUCUCCGGCGGCCCCAGUUAUUUGGAUCAUCAUCGUGUCGCAAGUUUCCGACAUCGCUUUACACACCGUGGACUUCAUCGGAAAUCCGUCUGCACGUACUUCGCUGUCCGCCGGAACUUCGUCUACCUGAGGACUGAGGAAAGCAAGACAGGGCCGCCUUUAUAUCUUGGGUCACUCCGUAGCAGGGAGCAAGAGUGGGCACAUCCGAAUUUAGGACAUCAGAGUUUAGAUAUUCAUUCACUGUUUUGCAAUCCAUCUCAAGCUCCACGGCUUCACCUUCCUCCACACCGUCGGAAACUGGCCGUGCCAUGUUCCGGUGGAGUCCACUGUAUGGGUGGCGGUGAAACAUGUAUUUGCAUGGAAGCUGACAAAAUGCAGGACAUAUUCUUUUCCUUCACGGACUACUACUAUAACACACGGGCAUUUUCACGAAGAGAACAUAGGGAUUUUAAGUUUUUGUAGUCUGCACUGGAGGCUGUAGAGUUAAGUUUUUGUACAUUUUGCGAAUCGUUUUGUUCCAGAUUCUCUUCGUGUAUUGUCUAACUAUAUAAGGUUAUUUGCUAUGUGCACAUUUGCUUUUUCCAUUGUUGAUCAUGUCCUUCUCUCUGUGCACUUACAUCCUUCUGUUAACAGUUUAGUGGUCUAAUAGUUAUUCAGAAGGGAUGCUGCAUGUUCCUAGAUGCAUAGCUUUUCUUAUAUAGAUUUUCAUUACGCUGAGAUUUUUUUUAGGGACAACUAUGGGAUUUAAGAUAGUAUAUUUUUGUACAAUUCUCAAACUGAAAUUCUAUCAAACCAUACCUUCAAAGGCCAACAUAAUGGCACUUAAAAUAAAUGCUAAUCUGCACUCACGCUGCAAUCUGGUGCCCAUUCUUCUGGUGAUUUGGUCAAAGCUACAACCAAGCAAAGAUAUUUUACAUGCUAUAUGAACUAAGAUAUGGAUUUUGUGUUCCCAGGUCUAUAAUAUCCGUGCUCAGCCGGUUCCCUGCAAGCGCUUUCGGCCAUGACCUCAAGUUCUGCAGCUAGGCCGUGAAGUGUUGGUCCUUCUCACCGUCCACCGAUGAUGGUGCCCGAGAGAAGUUGAGGAAUGAGAAAAGGAUGUUGCUGUCAUGGUCGUCGAAACGACUUGCCGUGGACGCAGUCACGCACUGGAUGCCAUCGACGGCUAGCCGUGGACGAGCACCUCGCCGCCUCCGCAAAAUAUGGAUACACGGGAUUCUGGUACUCACAUUGUGGAGUGUGUGCUAUUUUGGUGUUGUGACUUGUACAAUCUGUGGAAGAAACCCCCGGUUUGAUUUACAGGUGAUGCUGAUUCGUCUGGGGUCUACUUCUAACAGAUCAAUUUGGUUUGUUGGUUGCUGAGUGGCUUCAUGUGAUGCUAUAGUGAGCAUCACAUGAAGCCACCCAGCAGCCAACAAAGCCCCAGAGCUACACAUAUGUACUAUAACAUGGCCAUCUUUCGAUUUUGAUGUUCAAUAUUGACUCCUUGAUCCCGUUUCUUGGGGUUCAUGAUUGACAAUUUGUCU